GACACCGCGUCGCGCCCGCCGUGGGGAGCCGUGUUCAGUCCAGUCCACCCCGUACGAUCGCGACGAACGCUCACGACAGCUAACUCGCGUCGGUCGAUAUCGCGGAGGCUUCGUGGAACCCUUAAAACUCCUGCAGUGUCUUAUAAUUGCUUACCGACUACGAUUAUACUGCGGGCGCUCUACAUUACAAUAGUGCAAGUACUUCCCAAAUACUAAACAAAUUCUUGAAAGAUGCCGAGCGUAGCGAAUGGACGCGGCGGUGCCGAUGACGACGUGGUGCUGUCUGGUCUGUCGGGCCGCUUGCCCGAGUCCAACAACAUCGAGGAGUUCGCGCAGCAGCUCUUUGACGGCGUGGACCUGGUCACCGCUGAUGACCGCCGCUGGACACCCGGAGUGCACGGGCUACCCGAGCGUAAUGGCAAACUCAAAGAUUUGGCACACUUCGACGCCACCUUCUUCGGCGUGCACGCCAAGCAGGCUCACCUCAUGGACCCGCAGUUGAGACUGUUGUUGGAACUUACCCACGAGGUCAUCAUCGACGCCGGCCUCAGCCCCGCCGAGCUGCGUGGCUCGCGCACCGGCGUCUACGUCGGCGUCUCCAACUCGGAGACCGAAGAAGUGUGGACCGCGGACGUGGACAAGAUCAACGGUUAUGCGCUGACCGGCUGCUGCCGCGCCAUGUUCCCCAACCGACUGUCAUACACUUUCGAUCUCAAAGGACCCUCAUACGCGAUAGACACCGCCUGUUCCAGUUCUAUGUUUGCGCUGGCGCAGGCCGCGAGCGCCAUCCGUUCUGGCCACUGCGAUGCCGCCGUCGUCGCCGGUACCAAUCUCUGCCUGAAGCCGGCCAACUCGCUCAACUUCCACCGGCUGAGCAUGUUGUCUCCUGAAGGUCGUUGCGCCGCGUUCGACGCGAGCGGCCGCGGUUACGUGCGCUCAGAGGCAGCCGUGGCCGUUCUGCUACAACGCCGCAAGGACGCGAGAAGACUGUACUGCACAGUGCGUGGCGCGCGUAUGAACACUGACGGCAACAAGGCGCAGGGCAUCACCUACCCCGACGGACGCAUGCAGCGUCGCCUUGCACAGGAGACCUUCGAAGAGGCGCGCUUGCGGCCGCAGGAUGUCGUCUACGUGGAGGCUCACGGUACCGGCACUAAGGUGGGAGACCCUGAGGAGGUGAAUGCAAUCGCUGAUCUGUUCUGCAAGGACAGACAGACGCCGCUACUACUGGGCUCAGUCAAAUCCAACAUGGGUCACUCCGAGCCCGCUUCCGGGCUUUGCUCUAUUGCCAAGAUCGUCGUGGCCAUGGAGAGUGGUGUUAUCCCCGGAAACUUGCAUUUCAAGAGCCCCAACACUGACAUUCCUGCUCUUAACGACGGCCGUAUUAAGGUCGUGGACAAAAACACACCCUGGCAGGGCGGUCUGGUAGCCGUAAACUCUUUUGGUUUCGGCGGUGCCAACGCCCACAUCAUUCUCGAAUCACAGACCGGCAAGCGCCCUCCGCCCGCCGAAUAUCCAGCACCGCGUUUGGUUCUCGCCUCAGGCCGUACUGACGAGGCUGUUGAGAAAUUACUCAAUCUAGCUGCUGAGCAUCAGCGUGAUGCUGAACUGCAUGGACUUUUGGACGCAAUUCAUGCCCAUGCGAUCCCCGGACACCCGCGCCGCGGUUACGCCGUGCUGGACCCGGCGCGCGGCUCGGCGCCCGUUAUUGAAGUUCUGGAAAGCGAGAGCGAACCGCGCCCGGUGUGGUUCGUGUUCAGCGGCAUGGGCUCGCAGUGGGCCGGCAUGGCUAAAACCCUGCUCCGUUUGCCGACGUUCGCGGCGAGCAUCGCGCGCUCCGCAGCGGCCCUUAAGCCGCACGGCCUGGACUUACAAAACGUGAUCACAGAGGCGCCGGACGCUGCCUUCGACAACGUCAUCAACUCGUUCGUGUCCAUCGCCGCCGUGCAGGUGGCGUUAGUGGAUGUACUGCGUGAACUUGGUAUACGCCCCGACGGCAUCAUCGGACACUCCGUCGGAGAAGUCGGCUGCGCGUACGCCGACGAGACCCUGACGGGCGAGCAGGCGGUGCUGUGCGCGUACUGGCGAGGCCGCAGCAUCGUGGACGCCAAGCUGGCGCCGGGCGCCAUGGCGGCCGUCGGCCUCUCCUGGGAGGAGGCCGCGCGCCGCUGCCCCGCCGACAUCGUGCCCGCCUGCCACAACUCUGCCGACAGCGUCACUGUUUCUGGCCCACCUCCGUCUAUCGAGAAGUUCGUAGCAGAAUUAUCUGCUGAGGGCGUGUUCGCUCGUCGCGUCAACAGCUCGGGCGUGGCGUUCCACAGCAAGUACAUCGCGGCCGCGGCCACUCAACUGCGAAGCAGUUUGCUGCAGGUCAUCCCCAAGCCUAAGCCGCGUACGGCGCGCUGGCUGUCGUCUUCCAUUCCUCAGGACCAGUGGGGCUCGGAUCUUGCUAAACUGAGCGACACCGCGUACCACGUGAACAACCUGCUGUCGCCCGUGCGCUUCGCGUCGGUGCUGGCGCUGGUGCCGGAGCGCGCGCUGGUGCUGGAGCUGGCGCCGCACGCGCUGCUGCAGGCCGUGCUCAAGCGCGCGCUGCCCGGCGCCGCGCACGUGCCGCUCGUGCGGCGCGACGCGCCCGACGGCCUCGUGCAUCUGCUCAGUGCUGUGGGCAAAGCUUUCGCGGCCGGCGCUCAGCCUCAGGUGUCCCGGCUGUACCCGAGCGUGUCGUUCCCCGUGUCGCGCGGCACGCCGGCGCUGGCCUCGGCCGUGCGCUGGGACCACGCCAUCGAGUGGAGCGUGGCCGACUUCAAGCAGGCCGGCCGCACCGGCGAGAACGUCAUCGAGUACGACCUCGGCAAGCCCGACGAGGCCUUCAUCGCUGGACACAAUAUUGAUGGCAGGGUGCUCUUCCCUGCUACUGGAUAUCUCACAUUAGUAUGGCGUACAGUGGCGAAGGUACACAACUUGAAGAUAGAAGAAGCCCCCGUAGUUCUAGAGAACGUACAGUUCCGUCGUGCCACUAUCGUGUCGCGUGAUGUACCUCUGAGGUUCCUCGUCACCCUGCUGGGAGGCACCGGCGAGUUCGAAGUCUGCGAGGGAGGCGCUGUAGUCGUCACCGGAACCGCCCGCCUCACUGAUGACCCCGCUUCCGAGCGCUUGCCCGCUACCUCGCUCAUCGACCCUGAAGAAAAAGAAGAGGACCUACCUACCCUCGACUCCGAGGACAUCUACAAAGAACUCCGUCUCCGCGGCUACAACUACCAAGGCGUCUUUCAAGGAAUCAAGUCAUCGGACGGCCGCGGCAAGACCGGCCAGCUCAAAUGGGAGGAUAAUUGGAUCUCGUUCAUGGACACCAUGCUCCAGUUCGGUAUCAUCGGCGUGGAUACGCGCGAGCUGUACCUUCCCACUCGUCUUCAACGCGCGCUGAUCGAUCCCAUCGCGCAGCGUAAAGCGGUUGAAGCGGCGGCUCAAACCGGAGGCACUGUGCCGAUUAAAUUAUACCGUAAUAUUGACGUGACCGUGGCGGGCGGCGUGGAAUUCCGUGGUGUGAAGACUUCUCUAGCUCCACGCAGAACUAACGCUCAAUCUGCUCCGAAACUUGAGAAAUACGUGUUCUUGCCGCUGGAUGGCGCUCGCGUAGGCACGGAGGACACCGGACGGUCGAAGCGGCACGCGCUGACGGCGGCGCUGCAGAUCGCGCUGGAGAACUGCAACGUGCUGAAGAUGAAGCUCACCGAGCCCGCGCUGCAGCGCCCGGCCGAGGCCCUGCUGCUGCCGCAUGCCCUGCAAGUGCUGGAAUCCGAGCCGGCGGUGCGCGUGGACGCCACUCUGGCGGCCGGCGCCGACUCGGCGCAGUACACCGCCGCCAUGGAGCCGCUUGGAAUCAAGGUGUCGAAAAAAGACGCCGCCAGCGGCCUAGACGGCGACUGCCACGUGGUGCUGGGCGCCGACGUGCUGGCGCGCCACGGCGCCGCCGCGCUGGGCGCGCUGGCCGCCGCCGCCGCCGCGGCGCCCGCGGGGUUCGUGCUGCUGGAGGAGCCGGCGCGGGCGCUGGACGAGCCGGCUGCACAAGCUUUGAUCACCCAAGCUGGACUCACUCUGGUAUCACGUGCGCGCGCCGCAUCAUGCGAAUACGUGCUCCUGCGUCGCGAGGCCACCGUCCCGGCCACCAAGGUGGUCCUCGAAGCCCGCGACGACGACUACGCCUGGGUGGAGACGCUGAAGGAGGCCAUGAAGCGAGCGGAGACCGAGGACAUGCGGCUGUACGUGUGGUCGCGCGCGCCCGGCUCAGGCGUGCAGGGCCUCGCCACGUGCCUGCGGCGCGAGGCCGGCGGGGAUAAACUGCGACUUUACUACCUGCCGGGAGCCAAGGACGCGUUCAGCCCGGACGCGGCGCCGUACAGGACGCAGGUGCAGCGCGACCUGGCCUUCAACGUGCUGCGCGCCGGCGUGUGGGGCACGUUCCGACAUCUGCUGCUCGACGACACUACUGAAGCGCAGUUGCAGGUGGAGCACGCAUACGUGAACACCCUGACCCGCGGUGACCUGUCAUCCCUCCGCUGGAUCGAGAGCGACCUGCGCUACGCCUCGGCCACGCCGCGGCGCCCGCACACCGACCUGUGCCGCGUUUACUACGCGCCGCUCAACUUCCGUGACAUCAUGCUUGCCACUGGAAAGCUGCCACCUGAUGCGCUCCCUGGAGACCUCGCUGGACAGGAAUGUAUCCUCGGUCUGGAGUUCAGUGGUCGCUCGUCAUCCGGCAAACGCGUGAUGGGCAUGGUAGCGGCCAAGGGUCUGGCCACCACAGUGAUGGCCGACGAAGGCUUUAUGUGGGAGGUGCCGAAGCAAUGGUCGCUGGAGGAAGCGGCGACCGUACCCGUAGCGUACGCGACGGCCUAUUACGCUCUGGCCGUCCGUGGGCGCAUGCGUAAAGGCGAAGCUGUCCUUAUACACGCGGGUACCGGUGGUGUGGGCCAAGCCGCUAUCGCCAUCGCUCUGCACGCCGGCUGCACCGUGUUCACGACCGUGGGCACGCCCGACAAGCGCGCCUUCCUCCGCGAGCGCUUCCCGCAGCUCCCCGAGGCUAACAUCGGAAACUCUCGCGACUGCUCGUUCGAGCAGCUCGUGCUGCGCCGCACGCAGGGCCGCGGCGUGGACCUCGUGCUGAACUCGCUGGCCGGCGACAAGCUGCAGGCGUCGCUCCGCUGCCUCGCCGUGGGCGGCCGGUUCCUGGAGAUCGGCAAGCUGGACCUGAGCGCCAACACGGCGCUGGGGAUGGCCGUGCUGCUGAAGAACACCACCGUGCACGGCAUCCUGCUGGACGCGCUGUUCGACGCGCGCGGCGACCACCCCGAGAAGGCGGAGGUGGUCCGCUGCGUGACGGAGGGCAUCGCGGCCGGCGCCGUGCGGCCGCUGCCCGCCACGGUCUACUCCGACACCCAGCUCGAGCAGGCCUUCCGCUUCAUGGCCACGGGCAAGCACAUCGGCAAGGUGCUGGUGCGCGUGCGCGAGGAGGAGGCGGGCGCGCGGCCGGCGGCGCGGCUGCUGUCCGCGCUGCCGCGCACCUACAUGCACCCCGGCAAGAGCUACGUGCUCGUCGGUGGUCUGGGCGGCUUCGGCCUGGAGCUGGGCGAGUGGCUGACGAAGAACGGGGCUCGCACGCUCGUGUUCAACUCGCGCAGCGGCGUGCGCACCGGCUACCAGGCCUGGUGCAUUCGCAGAUGGCGCGAGAAGGGCAUCAAGGUGCUGGUGUCGACGGCGGACGCCACCACGGCGGCGGGCGCGCGCGCGCUGCUGCAGCAGGCGGCCGGCGCCGCGCCCGUGGGCGGCGUGUUCAACCUGGCCGCCGUGCUGCGCGACGCCUUCCUCGAGAACCAGACCCCCGAGGACUUCCGCGUCUGCGCCAAGCCCAAGAUUGACGGCACACGCGCACUGGACGUCGCUUCUCGCGAGCUCGCACCAGAGCUCGAACACUUCGUGGCAUUCUCUUCCGUAUCCUGCGGCCGCGGUAACGCCGGCCAGAGCAACUACGGUCUUGCGAACAGCGCCAUGGAACGCUUAUGCGAACAGCGGCAAGCGGACGGUCUACCAGCUUUAGCCGUCCAAUGGGGCGCCAUUGGCGACGUGGGUCUCAUCAUGACCGCCAUGCACGGAAGCGAGGAUACUGAAGUAGGAGGAACCAUGCCGCAGCGCAUCGCGUCUUGCCUGUCCACGCUGGGAACGUUGCUGGCGCUGCCGCACGCUGUGGCGUCCUCUGUGGUGCUGGCCGACAAGCGACGUGCUCAGGACAAGCCCACGCAGGACCUUGUGCAGGCUGUCGCUAAUAUCCUUGGUAUCAAGGACCCCAGCAAGGUGUCGGAGAGCGCAAACCUCGCCGAGCUGGGCAUGGACUCGCUGAUGGGCGCCGAGAUCAAGCAGACCCUGGAGCGCGGCUACGACGUGCUGCUCGGCGUGCAGGAGAUCCGCGCGCUCACGUUCGCUAAGCUGCGCAGUAUGGGCGGCGACGCGUCCGCCUCCGCCUCCGCUCCCGCUUCCGCGCCCGCCGACGGCGCGCCGGCCGCCAGCAGCGACGACCUGGUGCAGUUCGCGACGUUCGGCGAGCUCAUGCCCAAGCAGGUGCUCGUCAAGCUGCCGUCGCAGCCGCCGGCUAAUCCGGACCACAAGCCCAUAUUUAUGGUGCACCCGAUCGAAGGUGUAGUAGACUUGUUACGCGGCGUGGCAGCCAGCGUGAAGGGCACAGUGUACGGUCUGCAGUGCGCGGCGUCCGCUCCGCUAGAUGAUAUGGCUGCGCUCGCGCGCUUCUACGUAAAGCAUGUCCGCACAGCCCAACCUCAGCCACCAUACACGCUGCUCGGCUACUCGUUCGGCGCCGGCGUUGCCUUCGAGAUGGCACUACAGUUAGAGAAGGAAGGCUGCGCUACAAGACUGGUGCUCGUGGACGGGUCGCCCGCGUUCGUCGCCACGCACACGACGCGUGGCAAGAACAAGCGCACCGCUCGCACCCCGCAGUCUGAUGAGGCUGACGCGCUUGCGUAUUUCGCGCAGGUGUUCCAGGACCUUGAUGCGGCUAAGGUCGCGAGCGAGCUGGAGAAGCUCCCCAGCUGGGAGGCGCGCGUGGGGCGCGUGACGGAGCUCAUCGUGGCGGGCGGCGCGCGGGUGGAGCCCGACGCGCUGCGCGGCGCCGCGCACAGCUUCUACCGCAAGCUCGUGCUCGGCGACCGCUACAAGCCCGGCGCCCGGCUGCGCGCGCCCGUCACGCUGUUCAAGGCCCGGGACAACUACGUGGCGCUGGACGAGGACUACGGGCUGCGGGCCGUGGUGGCCGGCGAGCUGAGCACGCGCCAGCUGGCCGGCACGCACCGCACCAUCCUGGCGGGCGACGCGGCGCGCUCCAUCGCGGACUACGUGUCCGACCUGCUCGCCGCGCACUAGCGGGCCCGACCGCCUCCUCCGCACAUUCCGCCCGUUAUAUCUAUCCUUUCGGACGCUUUCUACUGACACGCUCCUGAGAGAAACGGAGAAACGAUAUUUCCCUGUCCUCGGCGAAAAGUAUCCUAAAAGGAUAGAUGUAGUGGCGCCGACGCACGCGGUAGGGACGAUAUUUGUAGGAAAAUAUUUAAUUUUAUAAGCACCUUGUUGCUAAACGCGACGAGAUUCUGAAACGUAGUGUAAAUACAUACAAAUUUUGUUAUCGAAUUUAUUUAACGAAUCUCUUGGCUACGAUGAGAAUUUUUAAUCGUAAUUGGUGAAUCUUUAUCGCUCGUUUCGAGCGGAUGGGAGCGUCCGUGGAGCCCCCAUAGUGCGGCUCGCCGGCCUCCCAUUCUUCUAUUUAUACUUGACAGCUAUUUUUUGUAAGGCCUCUCUAUUUAGUACCUCGGGGUAUAUUGUAAUACAUACUACAUGUGUACAUGUAACAUAGGUAGUUUAGUAAGUAAUCCUAUCGACACGAUUGUAGUUAUUCGUUAAGUCCGAUUGUUCCAUUAGCCAACAUUUUUUUACUAAUAACAUUUUGAUCUGGAAAAAUUAUAAUUUAAUAUGAAACCAAAGAUAUAAAAAAACACUAUAAUAGAUCUGCCGUAAAGAUACAACAUUAUUGAAUUGUGAUUUUACUUAUUUAUAUGGGACGUAAAUUAAUAAAAGAUAAUCAUGAGUCAAAUACUUGUACAUUCCAUAAGGCGGGGAAGAGCAACAAAUUCGUUGCAAUGCACAUGGCCUGAUUAAAUAAGCUUACACGUUAAAUCUAAGCUAAAUAUCCGCUACUCGGGUUUAACCCGGCAAUGGAAGAUACAGAACAUGGUUUAAGCUAGAAACAUGUAUACAUAUGAAAACGAAAAAAUAUCAACCGUACGAGAUUUCCAAGGCGAACAUUUAUUACAAAAAAUAUUAUUUUAAUAUUUGCAAAAAUGCGUGCCAUUAGUUCGCCAUAUGGCCCACACAUUGUAAUGGGGAAGACCAGUAAAAACUAUAUGUAACAUAGAUGGCGCUCUCUACAAUAGAAUUUUUUUUCUAUUGAAAAUUUAAAAAAUCGGCAAUGUCAUAGACAAUUUAACAGACGCCUUCUCCAUAGCAGCUCACUAGCGAUGUUUCUAGCUUUAAUCAGGCCGUGGCUAGAGGGGCAGAGCCCGCGCCGGGCGCGGCGCCGCCGCGAGUGAUAGCCCGGCGAUAGUCUAAGGUAGCACUAAGUAGGUAGUUCCUGUGUAUGGUUGUUGUGCUAAUUUAUUUUGUUACUGACUUGGCGCAAGCGCUCUGUGAUUAAACGUGCAUUAUUUUUCA